GUGACAGUCAUUCCUUCAUUGCAAGCGCCAAACUCUCUCUCUCUUUCUCGUCUGUACACACCGAAACAAUCCUUUUCAACUGAACUUCAAGAUCAAGCUUUGACACUUCCUCAACUCCUAGGCCUCUCGCUCUCGCUUUGCUUUUCCUUUUCGUUCCCUCUAUGGAAGUUUGAAGCAGAACCACUUUUUCAGGCUCUAAAUUCGCAUUCAUUCAUUCAUUUCCUUUCCCAUCAAAGAUCAAGGUCUUAAAGCCCGCCCAUAACCCAUCAUUUUCUUGGGUUUUGUUCUUCCUCGCUGGCAAAGCGUUCCGCCAAAGCGUAAUCCUUUGAACAACUAAAAAUUCAUCGUCAAAAUUCAAGUCCCAUUUCGAGGUUUCCGAGAAAGAUAUUCAAUCGGUUAAACACACACACACACACACACACACUUUAUAAAGAGUUUCGGAUCUGUAAAACGCAGAACCUGUCGUUGUUUCGAUGAUUUCGGCCUUACCCACCGUUUGAAAUUCAGUUGUAAUUGGAUUCUGAUGCUAAAACUCCACAGUUUAGAUGUCGAAGGAAGGGUAGAAAAGCGGUGCAAGGUCAGAAAAAGAGGCUGUUCUUCGUCGUCGUCUACCUCGUUGGUUCGCAGUUAUCGACUGAAACGAGCGAUUUUGGUUCGGAAAAGAGGCGGGUCGAGCACGCCUGUGCCUACUUGGAAGAUGGGAUCAAGAUCCCCGCCAGGUGUUCUACAAAAUGCCAAAGCCAGUAAGCAUCACACUCCUUCUCAGGAUCUCUCUGUUUCGGCGCGAAAAUUGGCUGCGACUCUGUGGGAGAUCAGUGAAGUUACGAAUGCGUCCCCUAAAAUGGAAGAGAGUGGCGAAGGUAGAAGUGAUAUGGACGCGAGAACCAGAGAGAGAAUGGUGAAGGUCUUGAAAUCUAGUUCUAUGAUGCCUAAUACUUGUGAUCCAACUCAUUCGCUUGUUGAAGGGAAUUUGCAGAAGAUGGACAGAUCUAAAGCUGGUGGUCACCGAAGAAGAUCAUCGGUCAUUCCUCAAUUGGGAGGCUUGGAUUCUAUUAGGAAUGCCAGCACUGCGGAGAUGGAAACUCAAUUUCAUGAUCAAAUUCCGAGUGGAUAUGUGAUUGGUGUUAAGGCCCGUUUGAGGGAUGUUAGUAAUGGCCUGGCUGCAUCUAAAGAGCUCUUGAAGGUAUUGAAUCGCAUUUGGGUUCGGGAGGAACAACAUUCAUCAAGCAUGACCCUUGUGUCUGCCCUGCGUUUUGAACUUGAUCGAGCUCGGAUGCAGGUUGAUCAGUUAAUCCUGGAGCAGCGAUCGAACUGCUAUGAAAUUGAUUACCUUCUAAAGCAGUUUGCUGAAGAAAAAGCAGCUUGGAGAAGCAAGGAGAGAGAUAGAAUCCGCAGUGCCAUCUCGUCUAUUGCUGCAGAACUCAAGGUAGAGAAGAAACUGAGAAGACAAACUGAAAGACUGAACAAGAAGCUGGGCAGAGAAUUGGCAGACACAAAAGCAUCUCUUUCUAAGGCAGUCAAAGAGCUCGAAAGUGAGAAGAGGGCAAAAGAAAUAUUGGAGCAAGUCUGUGAUGAAUUAGCCAGAGGGAUUGGAGAAGACAGGGCAGAGGUGGAAGAAAUGAAGAGAGAAUCAGCCAAGGUUCAUGAAGAAAUGGAAAAGGAGAGACAGAUGCUCCAGUUAGCUGAUGUGUUGCGUGAGGAGAGAGUCCAGAUGAAGUUGUCUGAAGCUAAAUAUGAGUUUGAGGAGAAAAACGCAGUUGUGGAAAAGCUGAAGAGUGAACUUGAGGCAUGCUUAAGAACCAAAAUAGACAAAGAGAAAUACAAUGGCUCUCCUAACUUCAACAGAAUCAAGGAACUUGAGCAGUAUUUGAGGGCAACUCUUGGUGCAUCACAUCAAAAUGGACAGAGAGAACAUGAUGAAGGUGGAGUCAUGGAUGGGGAGGAACACGAAGGGGAUGAUUCAGCUGAUAGUGAUCUUCAUUCUAUAGAGUUAAACAUGGACAACAUUAGCAAGAGCUACAAUUGGAGUUACACUUUUGGUGAUGCUACUCAAAAUGAUUCAAAGAGGAGCUCAGUUGAUGAAAAACGCAAAGGAAGGAGGUCCAGCUCUCAGAGAAGUCAGAGAACCAGAACUAGCUUGGAAAGAAAAAUCUCCGAUGGCAUGGAGUGGGAAUUUGGCACUAAUGGGCAGGGAAAUGCAGAUGGCUUUGACAGGAGAAGGUUAUCAGAACUUGCUUCUGAAUCUUGGAGAAAAGAUUAUGAAGAUGAAAUUGAGAGAUACCAAAUGGUAAGAGAUCUGAGAGAGCACAUCUUGUCUGGUGCCAGAAUAACGUCUUCCCAGGGCUUUGCAAGUCCUGAUUCACAGAUAGACCUGUCCUUGCCUUCACAGGAUCCUGCCAGUGUGGCAUGCAAUGGUUGAUGCUAUCAUAGGGGGUUGCCUUGAAGGCAAGAGGCUGGUGGUUCCCAAUACUGUUGAGAUAGUAAAUAGUUCCCUUAUAUGCAUGUCUCCGCGGCUAUUACUUUACUUGCAUCUGAACAGAUCAAUCGACAUUUCCAGCGGCGCUCUCUCUGUUACAAGUCAAUUGCUGAACUUUCUGAUGCAAGACCAGGAGUAGAUACUUCGUGCAUUUUUAUUGGUAACUUCUAAAUUUGUCUGUAAAAGACCUGCUGCUAUUAAGGGCAUCACAUAUGCUAUACAUACGGUACCUACACUUUGUUGUUAAUGCUCCCUAUAUCAACUGCAUCUUCCACGAUUUCUCUU